GCGGUGUUCCUCACGAACCACCGUCUGCUGCAGUUCGCGGUGACCUACGGGGAUUCCGUGGGCCAGUGCUCCCGCAUGGCCCGCGUGGCGACGCACUACAACUGCUACGCCAACAAGCUCGCGCCCAUGAAGAGCCAGGGCGACUGGGACGUGGCCACCCAGACCGCGCGAGAGCAGCUCGGGCUCCACAACGAGAGGGGCUUCAGCAAGCAGUCCGAGUGGCUCCAGCAGAAGAUCGAGAGCCUGGAGGCUGGAGGGGAGUGGAUCAUUCCCAACACCCACUUUGAGUGA